CUUGGAAUUUUCUGACGUUAUAUAAAUAUAACCUCAACACCCAACUGGUUGGAAAUGGGCCCCCCGCGGACACCGGGUGGAUAAUGUCAUGAUCAGACCACAUAUUUAUACCAAAAUGUCUCCCAUUAUCUUACAUCACAUCCUCAUGCAAACACCAUCCUCAAUAGCGGGUGAAUACAUUAUUCACCACCAUUUUUCGCAUCAUAGCUCAACCGCGACUUACAAUUCAUAACUCCGAACCCAGCUGAACCGAAACGAAUCCAGGGCCACCUUUUCGAGAUGUCCAACACUACGGAUGCGUCGGGACCACUCACCCAAGAACAGGUCGAUACGCUAAGAUCGGGAUGUCAGAGCUUGAUAGAAGGAAUCGAUACUUCAUACGGAUAUGUCCCGACUUUGGGGGCUGGAAUCGCCUUCUGCGUUCUCUUCGGUCUGAGUCUUUUUGGCCAUUUUAUUCAGUUUGUUAGGAAACGCCAAUGGACAUCAUUUGCUUUUGGAGUCGGAGCUUUGACCGAAGUAAUUGGUUGGGCUGGUCGAACAUGGUCGAGUGAAUGUCCAUAUAACAACAACGCGUUCUUGAUGCAGAUCACAACUCUCAUCAUCGCCCCGACAUUUAUUACGGCAGGGCUCUACAUUAUACUCGGCGCCUUCAUCAAUCGACUUGGUCGUGAAUCUUCUAUCCUUGGGCCGAGAAUGUACGCUAUUGUGUUUUUAACAUGCGACAUUAUCGCUCUCAUCGUACAAGCUGUUGGGGGAGCGAUGGCCUCUACAGAGUCAGACAAGAUUGACGGUGAUACAAAGCCAGGGACAAAUAUCAUGGUCGCUGGCAUUGUCUUCCAGAUGGCAGCCAUGGUGGUUUUCGCCGUCUUAGUUAUUGACUUUCUGAGAAGAGUCUUUGUCAAAAAGUCGUACUUGCAGUCGAGGAAGCAAGGACUAUCUGAUGACAACGCUUUGCCAAAGGCUUACACUUGGCUCUUGGCUGCCGUCUUUAUUUCCUUGACCAUGAUUUUCAUCCGAAGCAUCUACCGAACCGUUGAGCUUCUGCAAGGCUGGAGUGGUUACCUGAUUACUCAUGAAGGAUACUUCAUCGGUUUAGAUGGUGCCAUUAUGGUUGUGGCUAUAGCAGUUUUUAACUUUCUCGAUCCGGUUUAUCUGCUAUGGGGUCAGGACGAUAAAUUGGCGUCGUCGCUUGAGCAGAAUGAGCUAAGGGGGAUGGGAGAGGCUAGUACAGAGCGCUGGGAUGAGUCUACUGUUAUGUCUGACUAGGAAGCAAGAUUGGAUACCCUGGAUAUUAACAGAAAAAGAUAGAAUCACUUAUAUAGAUAAAGGAUAAUAACAGUUGAUGAUAUACUUAAUAAUGCACUUAUGGCUGAGAGCUGGGAUCAUCAGACAGAACUUAAUUCAAUUCAAAGGAAUGAAAGAAUAUAUCUCAAGUUACAGACUUAGGCAUCAAAUACAGGUAUCAAACUUGUAGCAGC